AUGUUCUAUGUCAGUCUGUUCUUUAUCUAUCUAUCUAUCUAUCUAUCUAUCUAUCUAUCUAUCUAUCUAUCACAGUCUGUUCAUAUCUAUCUAUUUCAGUCUAUUCUUAUCCAUUACAGUCUGUUCAUAUCUAUUUCUAUCUAUCUAUCUAUCUAUCUAUCUAUCUAUCUUAUUCUGUUGAUGUCUAACUUCUAUUCCUAUCUAUCUAUCUAUCUAUCUAUCUAUCUAUCUAUCUAUCUAUCUAUCUCAGUCUGUUCAUAUCUAUCUAUCUAUCUAUCUCAGUCUGUUCAUAUCUAUCUAUCCAUCUCAGGUUGUUCAUAUCUAUCUCAGAUUGUUCAUAUCUAUCUAUCUAUCUAUCUAUCUAUCUAUCUAUCUAUCUAUCUGUUUCAGUCUGUUUUUAUCUACCACAGUUUCUUUAUAUCUAUCUAUUUAUCUGUCACAGUCUGUUCAUAUCUAUCUAUUUCAGUCUAUCUACCUAUUUCAAUCUAUUCUUAUCUAUCGCGGUCUGUUCAUAUAUACCUGUCUAUUCUUAUCUAUCUAUCUAUCUAUCUAUCUAUCUAUCUAUCUAUCUAUCAGCAUAUAUUUCAGUCUAUUCUUAUCUAUCACAGUCUGUUCAUAUCUAUCUAUUUCAGUCUAUUCUUAUCUAUCUAUCUAUCUAUCUAUCUAUCUAUCUAUCUAUCUAUCACAAUUGCCAUUGAUGUUGAAAUGGAGAGUGUUCACAUUCGCCAAAGAGGGGCCUAUGACUUUGAGUCUCACUAUGACAGUGUUUGUGCCCUUCAUGACUGCUGUCCACUGCCUGCUGUCAAAGCUCAUCUCUCUCAAGGAAUCCUUGAUUUGAAUGGAGACAAAAUCAGUCUGCCUGAUUGGAAACCAUUAUUGAGUUCAUUGAGUAUCAAUAAAAGCCUGGAAUAUGUCGCUGUGACCAGUAACCACUUAAUUACAGAAAAAGGCAAAGAAAAUAAUGUACCCAAAUCAAAACGUAAACAGCCUGCAAUCCGAGGGAAAGAAGUGAAUCAUGAGCUAUGCAAAGCCAUUAAAAAGUGCCUGUUGGUCACGCCGGCACUGGCUUGUUUGAAACUUCAAGGUCUUCCACUUCGAGACUCUGACAUCCUUUAUUUGGCAAAGGGACUAAAUAAAAACUGUUCCCUGAAUUACUUGUCCCUCACUGGCUGCAGAAUUGGCGACAAUGGCUUAGAAACAAUUGGUCGAGCGAUAAAGAACAACAUGACCCUGAAUGCCAUCAACCUAACUGGAUGCAGCCUUACUUGGCAAGGAGCAGAUAUUUUUGCAAGGAUUAUUAAGGUAGGUUCUGCUACAUUAUCUGAUAGAUUUUUCUUCAUAGAUUUUCAUGGUUAG